AUGUCUAGUAGUGGAGAGACUUUGUGUGGCGCCAUAUCGCCCACAACAUCGGUGGCUUCGGCUGUUAUACCUGGCUGCAGUAGUAGUACAGCAAACUAUUUAAGAUCUCUAGCCACCGAUGAGAAUACCUGCAAUACACUGCCACAUGUUACAAGUGCCAGUGCGGCCAGUGGCCAAUUGAAUGCCUCCACUACAGGCACAGGUUUAAGUAACAACUUACAAUUGAAUCGUAAUCUGGUAAUGUUACGCAAUCAUUUGCGCAAAAAUACUAAUAACAUAACAGCAGGUACAGCAACUGCUACAGCAGGAGUCGUAACACAAUCUUCAACAAUUGGCAGCGGUAGCAGUACAAACAUUACCACAGGCAGCAGUCGAGAGAUUACAAAGGAACAAUAGCCCAGUUCUAUCGAAAAAAUACUACAAUACUUGAACAUCAUCAACAUCAGUGUCAGCGUCAUAAGUACGUAUGUAUUAAAUUAACUUAUAAAUAAAAUCUAUAAAAAAUCCACAUAACAAUUUAUUUAUACGAUAUAUUGAAAUUAUAUUUAUAUAAUAAACUAACUAAUUUAAGUCUGAUUCUUUAUAUGAUAAAUUUAUUUUGUUUAUGUUUAAUUUAAAUUAAGUUUAUCUUGAUUUUUCCAAUAUUUAAUCCUUAAGCUUAAAACAAAAUGCCACAAAAAAAUAAUUUCUAUAACAUAAAAAGGGUGUAAUACUACACUUAACAAAAUCUUAAGUUAAAGGUUUAAAAUGUAUUAUUUUUUGUUUAAUUUUUCUUAAAAAAGUUAUCUUUUUUGAUUGAAUUGUUUAUUUUUAAUAUUUACUUUUAUAUUUAAGAUAUUUUUGUAAGAUUUUUGUUUCUAUUCUCUUAAGACUUAAUUUCGAAUAUAAGUAAAACAAAAAAUGCUGUGAUUCUUUAAAUAGAAACAAAAAAUAAUAUUAAAAGAAAAAAAAAACAAUUUUGUAUAAUGUUUCGUCGUUCAGUUCAAAUGUACAGUGUAUAAAUAUAAAAUAAAUUUAAAUUAUAAAAACAAACAAAAAAAA